AUGUGCUUGGACGCCGUGGGAGCCGGGCUGUUGGUCCCGCUCAUGAGACGGGGGUUCUUGCUCUGCGUCCCCGAGAUGGCGUUGGACGCAGAGGCAGUCCUUGUAGGACAGACAGCAGAGCCAGCAGAUCUCAUUGGUCCAUCAACGAAGGUUGAAGUGCAAGCCGCAGUUUUGGACGAAGAUGCCUUGCUGCGUCAGCCUUCACCUGCGGAAGGCCGGCCCAUUGUGGUUAUGCUUGUCGAUUUUUCAGCAGAGGUUGGAAGCUUUUUGACAGUCUUGGACACAAAGGACGUUUUGGAAGAGUUGAUCGGUUUCGACUUUUUGGAGUCCACCCUUGUUCCCUGGCCCCAAGAUGUUGUCACAAAAGCACUAGCUUGGGCAAAUGGAGAGGGAGAGCAGGUAGCAGAACGCAUACAAUACUACUCAGCAGACGAAGUACCUGUGACCCCCACAGAGGCGCCAAAACGCGCACCUCGGCGCAGAGGUCCAGGAGCUGGUUUUGGUGGAGACGAAUCCACGGCCCAGAGGAGGAAGCUGACAGUGGCGAGCCUGGCAGAGAGCAUUGCAGCCAUCACUCAAGCUCUACUGGAGAUCACCUCCACCCUGGCCGACUUGAAGGGGAGAACAGAAGCCAUGGAGGCUGAGUUACGAGUGGAUCACAUCCUCACUUGCCGGACCUUGCCAGCCUGGUCAAGGCAAUGCCACCCCCGAAAAGUUCACCAGCUCAGCAGAAGACACCACGUGUCACUUUUUCUGCCGAGGAGGCAAGCGAGAUGGCGCUGGACUACCCGGAGGAUCAGAACUCACUCGGGCAAUGGUAGCGCAGUCACAGGCUUUGACUACUUUGGUUUUUCAUCUGACAGCAACUUCCAGCGAUCCAUUCCAGGAUCUUGGAUCAACAACCUCAUCCCUGUCUACGAAGGGUUCAUUAUCUGGCAGGUGGGCUUAGUGAUGAAUCAUAUGAUGGAGGACAACCACAAUGCCGCAAAGGAUGCUCUCAGCCUCCUGUUCGUGAACCCCCCUCAAGCCCUAUUCUCGGGGCGGUCAGUGGCCUCGGGAGCCUUGCCCCGACCAUUCGCUCCGACAGCCCAUCAACGGUGGAUUACUACGGCCCUGCAGUAUCUCAAGGAGAUGGACGUGAUAGCCACCAGAAGGGCAGAGGUUACAGCUGGAAAAGCCUCGGCCGAAAAGGCCACCAGCUCAAGCGGAGCAGAUGCAGCGGCCCCAAAGAAAAAGCAGAAAGGCAAAGGAGGUGGACGGAGCCAGAAAGGCCAACAGAAUCAACACCAUGCGGAGGAGGAGGCCUAG